AUGCAACUCCGAAACCUGGUAGACAAAAUGAACGUGCUAGUCUAUACCGGCAAUGGAACCACCACAGAUUCCAUUAAACACACUCUGUAUUCUUUGAGAACACUUCUUUCUCCUUAUUAUGCGGUGAUUGGUGUGGACAGCAAAGUGCUGUUGAACGAACCAUGGCAAUCCAAAACAGCCUUACUGGUUUUUCCUGGGGGAGCAGAUCUACCUUUUUGUAGACAGUUCAAUGGUGAAGGAAACCAAAAAUUUUCCAAGUUUGUUCGCCAGGGAGGCAAAUACUUGGGCUUAUGUGCUGGUGGCUACUACGCAUCGGCAAGAUGUGAAUUCGAAGUUGGCAAUAAAGAACUCGAGGUUAGUGGUCCCAGAGAACUGAAAUUUUUCCCCGGAAUUGCCAGAGGGACUGCUUUUGGAGGAUUUCAGUACAAGUCCGAAGCUGGUGCCAGGUCUACCAUUUUAGAUGUGGACGAAGAGAAGCUACCUGGAUGUGGUAGGACUGUUUAUAAUUAUUACAAUGGAGGUGGUGUCUUUGUAGAUGCAGACCAGUUUAGUAAUGUGGAGGUCUUAGCAACAUACAGAGAUCAUGUUUGCGUUGAUUUUGGAUCAGGAAAGGCUGCUGCUGCUGUUGUUGGGUGCUCUGUUGGAAAAGGUUACGCUAUCUUAACAGGAACUCAUCCUGAGUACACUCAUUUGCUGAUGAAAAAAUCGGACUCUGUCCCAGAUUUUGAGAGGGUCAUUAGUGAGCUGCGCACUAAGGAGAAUGAAAGGCUUGCCUUCCUACGUUCUUUGCUUCAUAAGUUCGGGUUAAAAGUAAACGAUGACUCUUUGGCUCAACCAACUUUGACUCCUUUGCAUUUAACAUCACUUUACCCUGAAAAGUUGCAGCAAUUAGUGAAAUCGAUGGAAACUAAUAUAGGCUACACUAAUGGCCUGCUGAAAUGCACCACUGAUCGAUUUAGAUUGUCUCUUUCGGCAGAGAAUCUCCAGAAACUUGACCAAGAUUUUCAAGUUCCCGAGGAAGCAAUUAAACAAUUAGUUGUCCACAUAAACUCUCUACCUGAUCGCAAGGAUACCCCAUUUUUUAACUUGGAAUCAUACUACAAUCAUCUGAAACGCUUUUGGACAAGAUACAAUCACCCAAUGGGAGAUUUUGGUUCCACGUUAAUAUACGGCGAAGUACUCACAUCAACUUCAUCUCUGAUGGAUAAGAAUGCCAACCUAUUACGUCUUCUGCCUCAUGGUUUCACAAUCACCGGAACCACUCAGGUUUCGGGUAAAGGCAGAGGAGGAAACGUUUGGAUCAAUCCACCUGGGGUCUUGGCAGUAUCUACGGUUAUGAAACUUCCAACGUCCUAUUCUGAACGUGCGCCAAUAGUUUUUAUUCAGUAUCUGGCAACACUAGCUUAUAUCGAGGCCAUUCUCAGAUAUGAUGAGUCAGGUCUCUACUCAACCAUCCCACUAAGAAUCAAAUGGCCUAAUGAUAUUUACAUACUGAAGCCAGAGUUUGUGGAGGAUGUUUCUAAGAUUCCACAUGGUGAAGCUGCGUAUGUAAAAGUGGGAGGAAUUUUACUGAACACUAAUAUUUUUGAUGAACAAUACCAUAUGGUUGCUGGAUGCGGUUUGAACGUCAAUAACGCUGCUCCAACUACUUCAGUCAACUCUGUUAUUUCUGCAAUCAAUGAAGUCAGAGCCAAAAAGGGUUUGACCGGUAUCCCACCGGUAGAAAUGGAGGUUGUGUUAGCUGGCUUCCUAUACCAUCUCGAACGAAUGUUUAACGAGUUCAAAACUUCUGGAUUUAGUCCUUUCCUAGAUUUGUAUUACAGACGCUGGUUGCACACAGGACAAAUUGUACAUAUCCAACACCAGAACAAUAUUAGAGCCAAGAUAACCGGGAUAACUGAAGACUGGGGGAUGCUGAUCGCCCAAGAGGUUGAUUCAGAGAAUAAUUUGACAGGGGCAAGGUUUGAACUCCAGCCUGAUGGGAAUUCUUUUGACAUGUUCAAUGGUUUAAUUUCCAAGAAAAAUUAG